AUGAAGUCUGCCAUUCUCUUCACAAUCUUUUUCUAUACGAUAAGACAAGUAGAUGGUGGUUGUAUCAUACUGUCUUGCCCCAUUACCUCUCCAUCUGAAACGUUAAUUGUUCCAUGUGACCAAUGUUCAAGCUGCUCAAAAAAGUCGAUGAGCUAUUGUCAAGCUCAAAGUAAUCGCACUUGUUCUUGUAUGCCAUCGGUUAAUCCGAAAUGCUCGAAGAAAAGCCAAAGAGGCUUGGAGGUAGUUACUGUUUGCAAAAUAAUGGAUGAGCAUAAACUCCCUUCUCCAAUAGUUCGGACUCGAGGCAAAUCGGCCAUAUCCGUUGUGAUUCCUCGGUUUUUCUCUGAACCCGAAUUCAGUGGAGUAAAACUAUCCAACCUUUUUUUGGUGACAAGAUUCAGAACGAAGGAUCACGAGUCCUGUAAAGAUUUUUACUCGCUGAAAGCUGUGAAAAUUGGAAACAACGACUGCAUCAUGAGAAUCCGCAUGCAGAUGCCCGGAAUAGAUCACAAAACGGAUAAUCAUUAUUAUUAUGACGAUGGAUCAGAACUAGAAACUGAGAUAGCGACCGAUCUAUACCAAGAUUCUGAUAUCGCACAGUUUUACUUGGAAGUAAAUAUUGGCAAAGAGAGCCCUGUUGUGGGUGGACUAGUGGUUGUACCAUAUCUACUUAGAUCCGCUCCAGUCAAUCAGAAACUACAAAAAAAUAAUGUGAACACUCUAAUUCAAGCUAACACUACCUACAUUUGA